CUCAGAUCAUCCAUCUUCCCGUCCAACUGGAAUCUGCCAUCAUGCGUACCUCUAUUCUUGCACUCGCUGUUGCCCCUGCUGUCGUGCUCGGCCAAUCUCCACUUUACGGCCAGUGUGGCGGUAUCGGAUGGUCUGGUGCUACAACCUGCGUUUCUGGCACGGUUUGCACAUACAUCAAUGAUUACUACUCUCAAUGUAUCACCGGCUCUGGCAGUGGUCAGCCUGCACCUACGACUACUUCGGGUGGAGGAGGCAACCAACCUGCCCCCACUGGCGGUUCAGGAGCAGCAGGCGAACUUCACACCAAGUUCAAGGCUAAGGGCAAGCUUUACUUCGGCACCGAAAUUGACCAAUACCACCUGAACAAUCAGCCGUUGCUCAACAUCGCCAAGAACAGCUUCGGACAGAUCACAAACGAGAACAGUUUGAAGUGGGAUGCUACUGAGGGAACGCGCGGAAAGUUCACGUUCACGAACGCUGAUGCCGUCGUCAACUGGGCCACCCAGAAUGGAAAAUACGUUCGCGGCCACACCCUUCUCUGGCACUCACAGUUGCCGGCGUGGGUCUCCCAGAUCAACGAUCGCAAUACACUGACGACGGUGAUCCAAGACCACGUGACCGCCCUCGUCACCCAUUACAAGGGCAAGAUCCUCCAGUGGGAUGUAGUCAACGAGAUCUUCGCAGAGAACGGUCAACUCAGAGACAGUGUCUUCAGCCGCGUGCUCGGAGAGGACUUCGUCGGCAUUGCAUUCCGCGCAGCUCGCGCCGCUGACCCCAACGCUAAGCUCUACAUCAACGACUACAACCUUGACAUUGCCAACUACGCCAAGGUCACCACCGGUAUGGUCGCUCACGUCAACAAGUGGAUCUCCCAGGGUAUUCCCAUCGACGGUAUCGGCUCGCAAGCCCAUCUUGCUGCUCCCGGUGGAUGGAACCCAGCUUCCGGUGUCCCCAACGCCCUCAAGGCAUUGGCCGCCGCCAACGUCAAGGAAGUUGCCAUCACUGAGCUUGACAUCUCCGGUGCCGCACCCAAUGACUACCUCACAGUCCAAAACGCCUGCCUUCAAGUUUCCAAGUGUGUCGGCAUUACCGUUUGGGGUGUCUCUGACAAGGACAGCUGGCGUAGCGGCGACAAGCCUCUCUUGUUCGACACCAACUACCAGCCCAAGCCGGCUUACACCUCCCUGAAGAAUGCUUUGUAG